AUGACAUUGGAUUUAGAGGACAGGCGGAUCGCGCCCUUUAUAUUUGUUUAUUUAAAAAUGUGCUUCAUUGAGUAUGCAAUAUUUAUGUGCUAUGCAUGUAUGCAUAUAUUUUGUAUUAUAAUAAAGAAUUCUAGCCAGGAGAUACAAGAGUCCCUACGAGACAAUCGUAGUUUGCUGCACUUUGAUCUUAGGUUCACAGGCGUCGAUCACGAAGCUGAAUUUGCUAUACAAGCAUUAGUGGAUCGCAACCUAUCUGAUCACAGCCAGCAGACUGCAGCUUCCAGUACUCUGGCCAUGAGCACACUAGGAUCUUUGUCACAGGCUGCCCAAGAGCCUGGUUGCAUCGGAUUUUCUAAUGGCCUGGGAACAACCUCUCCUGGGCUAUCGGGUCAAGAACUGGGUCAGAUCCAGACUCCAUCAUGUGCCACCACUGCAAUAAGUGCCAUAAGGGAUGGGACAGCAUCUUCCCUGCGUCCAGGGCACUCUUCACAUCCGACAAAUGGUUCAGCUAUAUAUCCGGUGAUGGAGCGUCUCAUCGAUCAGACGCAGGGGGACACAGCACGUCUGCUUACCAAGUAUAGCCUGCCGAUAGCCCAGGCUGCCAGACAACGUUUAGCCAAACAUCUGGCACAAUGCGAAACUAUGCCAAGAGUAGGUUGCUAA